AUGUAUGUCAAGCAGAUCAUCAUUCAGGGCUUCAAGAGCUACAAGGACCAAACGGUCAUUGAGCCAUUUUCCCCCAAACACAAUGUUAUCGUCGGCCGCAAUGGUUCUGGCAAAAGUAACUUCUUCGCCGCUAUUCGAUUCGUUCUGAGUGAUGCCUACACUCACCUCGGCAGAGAGGAGCGCCAAGCUUUGUUGCACGAAGGUUCUGGCUCUGCUGUGAUGUCCGCUUACGUCGAGAUUAUCUUCGACAAUUCGGACGACCGAUUCCCCACUGGCAAACCCGAGGUCGUACUGCGCCGUACCAUCGGUAUCAAGAAGGAUGAAUACACACUCGACCGCAAGAAUGCCACCAAGAACGAUGUUAUGAACCUCCUCGAGUCGGCCGGUUUCUCUCGAUCUAACCCUUACUAUAUCGUUCCCCAAGGCCGAGUCACCGCAUUGACGAAUAUGAAGGACUCCGAGCGAUUAGUUCUGUUGAAGGAAGUGGCUGGCACACAAGUUUACGAGGCUCGCCGGUCGGAGUCGUUGAAGAUCAUGCACGAGACCAACAGUAAACGCACCAAGAUUGACGAACUUCUCGACUAUAUUAACGAGCGACUUGCCGAACUUGAAGAAGAAAAGGAUGAGCUCCGAAGUUAUCAAGAAAAAGACAAGGAGCGCCGUUGCUUGGAAUAUACCAUCUACUCGCUUGAGCAACAAGAAAUCGGCAAGGUUCUCAAUGAGAUUGAAGAACGACGACAGAACGGCGUGGAAGAUGCAGAUAACAACCGCGAUCAAUUCAUCGAUGGCGAGAAGGCCAUGGCUCGAAUUGACGCCGAGAUCGCGGAAUGCCGACAGCAGAUUGAGUUUUUGAAAGUUGAUAAGGCUCAACUGGAAGACGAACGCCGUGAGGCCUCCAAAACUCUGGCUCAAAAUGAACUGCAGGCCAAGUCUCUCUCUGACAACCAGGCUGCCGCUCAAGCUCUGAAGUCCCGUUAUGACGCCGAUCUUACUUCUGUUCAAAACGCCAUCAAUGAGCGCGAAGCUGAACACCGGGAAAUUCUUCCUCGCUUCAAUGCCUUGAAAGACCAAGAAGACACCGUGAAGUCACAGUUGACAGAUGCCGAAACCUCGCGCCAACGUCUGUACGCGAAGCAAGGCCGGAACUCACGCUUCAAAAACAAGUCCGAGCGCGACAAGUGGUUAAAUAUGGAAGUCAGAGAGAGUAACAACUCUGUCAAGACUGUCCAAAAUGUUGUGGCUCAGACCAAAGAAGACAUCCAAGAAUUGGAGGCUGAAAUUGCUCGCCUGGAACCAGAGACCGAACUUUUGCGCCAGCAGAUUGAUGGGCGAGGGGAUACAAUGCACAACGUUGACCAACAAGUUCAAGAUGCCAAGGAUGAGAGAGAUCGACUCAUGGAUCAGAGAAAGGAACUAUGGAGAGAAGAGGCAAAGCUUGACUCUGUGCUUUCCAACGCAUCUCAGGAAGUUGACCGUGCUGAGCGUAACCUCUCAUCCAUGAUGGAUAAUAACACCAGUCGUGGCACAGCUGCAGUGCGCCGAAUCAAGCGCCAGUAUGACCUCGAAGGUGUUUAUGGUACCCUUGCGGAGCUAUUCGAUGUCAGCGACAGAUACCGAACCGCCGUUGAAGUGACUGCAGGACAGAGUUUGUUCCACUACGUUGUCGACACCGAUGAAACUGCCACAAAAGUUCUCGAGAUUCUACAAAAGAGAAGAAGGCUGGUCGCGUGA